AUAAAAUUAGAAACGUUGCCCACCACAGUUGUGUGAGCACAGUCGCGAUCCGGCGUCCGCGGCAAACGUACGCCAUAUAACUGCGGUUGAAAUUAUAAAAACUUUUUACACAAAAUUUUGUUUUGAACGUAGUGUAGAGUGUAUAAACUAUAUAAAUAAUUGUGUUUUGUAACCGGUGCAAGUGGUUCGUGUGCGUUUUUAAUUCAAAAAACGAAAUCUAUUUGGAUGUUUCUGAUUGUAAUGUGAAAUUGUUUUUCGGAGAUCAUCAGAAAUGAUCCAUGUGGACGAAACGGAUCCGGUGGGAGAAAUCGAACCACCAUUUCCCUGUCGAGAUGUCACCAUUAAAAGGAGUACAGAUGUCAAUGAAUUUUAUGAAAUGCUCUCCGAGAUCGGCAGGGGCAAAUUCGGAACGGUAUACCUCUGCCGCGAGAGGAGCACAGGACUGGAACUUGCAGCCAAACUUGUGUCCGUCAGCAGAAGAGAUGAGAGACGAAACGUGGAGCGGGAAGUAGACGUGAUGAGGAGACUGAGGCACCCGAGGCUUAUACAGUUGUACGACGCAUACGAAUGGGGGAAAUACAUGUGUGUGGUCCUCGAACUCAUUACUGGCGGUGAAUUGUUUGAGCGUGUCAUUGAUGAGGACUUCGUGCUGACAGAGCGAGCAUGCACCGUGUUCAUGCGACAGAUAUGUGAAGGCAUCGAGUUCGUGCAUCGGCAGAAUAUCCUGCAUCUGGAUAUGAAGCCAGAAAACAUCCUUUGUCUAACCAAGCAGGGCAACCGCAUCAAGAUCAUAGACUUCGGCCUAGCCAGGUUCUACGACCCGGAGAAGAAACUUCAAGUUCUUUUUGGCACCCCUGAAUUUGUGGCGCCAGAGGUUGUUAACUUCGAUCAGAUUGGCUAUGGAACGGACAUGUGGUCGGUUGGAGUCAUCUGUUAUGUGCUGCUAUCAGGUCUUUCACCGUUCAUGGGCGAGACAGAUAUAGAGACAAUGGCCAACGUCACCGUCGCUAAAUACGACUUCGACGAUGAAGCCUUCAACGAGAUCUCGGAUGACGCCAAGGACUUCAUACAGAAGUUGCUCGUCAAGGACAAAGAGUCGCGGCCCAGCGCCACCGAGUGCCUCCGGCACGCGUGGCUACAGAGACGCGCGCCGCCCCCGCACUCCACGCACAACGGCCAGCUCCCCACACCGCACCCCGCACCGCGCACUCCCGUGCCUGAACCUAAGAACGCUCUCGACGUCGCCAAGGACAACCUGCGACUCUUCGUAGAGCGAUGGAGCGAACACCCUAACUCACCAUACGUAUUCGAUAACCAAGCGCAUGAAAUCACCAGCCUAGCGAAUGGAAACUGUGAGAGAUCCUCUAUAGGAGGAUGCUCGCCUUCCCCUAGAAGUUCACUGAGCAGCUCCCCUGACGUAGUUUUUGAUGAAGAUGACUUGGAACCGCCACCGCUAAGAGAACACAAUUUCCUUUCCGCACCCAAAUACAAUCCCGUAGAAAGGCGAGCCUCUGACAGCACUUGCUUCUUGCAUAAAAAACAGGACGUACUCGUUAGGAAAAACUUAGCAGAAGAAAUUAAGAAAUUAUCUGACCACUUGUAUAUGUUAUCCACAAUGAACACUGAUCUCGCAAACAACAACAGCAUGAAGGAACUAGACAAAAACAUCACAGAAACUAAAUCGGUCAAAGAAGAGAAGCUACCAAAUGGUUUUAAGAAAGAAACAAGGUACACAAAGACUGUUACAAACGGUGAUGCGUCAGGUAAAGAAAAGAAAUUGUUCACUUCGAAGUCAACGACCAAAAUAUCAUCAACAUUUUUAACUGAGAGGGAACCAGAGAAGCCAAUGACGAGUAAAAUGCCGUGGGUGAAAACAAGUAGGCCGAAGCGAGUAACAACCAGUAGUAGAGACGUGCCGGACCAACCAGUAGACGUGCGGAACAGUUUCUUCCAAGAAUUUGACAGGAGACGAGAGAAGAUAGACAAAUUAGUGAAUGGUUCAGAGAAUGGUAGACAAAUGCCUUACAGAAGAGGAGAUGAGAACAAUGCGCAUCGGACGAAGGACCUCCUUUUACAUCUUUUGGAGAAAUGGGGGGAGUCUGAAGAGGUAGAGGCAGAGAGGUCUGCUGGGGGCACUUCAAACGGAGGCAGACAUCAGUCAAUAUCUCUUGAGUGGUCUCCUUCAAACCAGUUGGGUCAAACCUCAAUGUCAAGCCUUCACGCAUUCUUCCAAAGACAGACUUCAGACGAGAAGACGCAAAGGAAGAAAGUGACGACUAACAUAGCGAAAUGAUUUAAGUUGUGAGACUAAAGUGCCAUGACACUAUGUUACCAAAGUACGGUAUGAGAUUAGCUUAUGUUCUAAUAUUAUAAGCCUAGCGCAUAUACAUGAACCUUAUUCUUAAAGUCAUACACAAAUAUAUUUGGUACGUACCUGUGCUAGUUUUUUACCAGCAUAUAAGGUUACCGUACCACCAAUACCACUAGCCCAGCCUUUUAUAAGGUUAAAAAAACAUCUAAUGAACUCCCUUGACUCUUACUGACUAAAAAUCAAACUGUGCCCUCCCUAACUCCGAAACAUUGCGCGCCCUCAAACCUGGACCGCUAGUAUAGCCUAAGGUCUCUUUUCCAAUA